GCCCCCCGCGCGGGACCGAGCGCGGCCCCCUUUUCCCCAUGGAGGAGCGCCAGGCCGUGCUGGCCGUGGCCCAGGAGCUGCCAGAGGAGGAAUUCCAGGCGCUGAAGGUGCUGCUGGAGGGGCAGAUCCCGGGGGGGCUCCUGAUCCCGGCGUCGCGCCCGGAGCUUUGCCGGCUCCUCCUGCAGCGCUUCCCGGGCCGGGCCCGGGCCGUGCUCGCCGGGACCCUCGGGCAGCUCGGCCGCCCCGACCUCAUCCAGCGCUUCCAGCUGCCCCUGGAACGGCAAAUCCCACCGGGAACCCCCAACGGAGCCGCCCCAAACCCCGCCGGGAAGCAGCAAUCCCAGGGAGAACAGGAGAACCCCCAGGGAAUCCCCAACGGGGAUCCCGCCGGUUCUCCGGGACCCCCAAAUCCCGUCGGGAACUCCCGGCUGCUGACGGAGAGGGAUCUGAUGCAGAUCGCGCGGCUGCUGGGCCGGGAGUGGCAGGAGGUGGGAAUUCUGUGCCUGGGAAUGGAGCGGAGCCGCCUGGAGCAGAUCCAGGAGGAGAAUCCCGGCGCUCCCGUCCUCUGGAGUUUCCAGAUGCUGCGGGAGUGGCGGCGGCGGGAGCGCCACGAGGCCACGGCGCGGCGGCUCCGCUGCCACCUGGAGCCCGUCCCGCUGGAUCCCGGGAUCCUCCACCUGCUGCGGAGCCUCGAGGGGCCCUGAGGGACCCCCCGGGACGCUCCCGGCCCUUGGGGUCACGAUGGGGACCAUUAA